CCCCAGAUCGGCGACAUCGCCGCCCGCCGCUCCGGCGCCGACGUCUUCUUCGCCCUCCUCAACACCCUCACCCCGGCCAUCCACGACGUGGAAACGCGCGACUUCCACACCCCGGCCUCAGACGGCCACUCCCUCCUCUGCCGCUGGUUCACCAAGAAGACCGACGCCCCCCUCCGUAACUCCCCCGCCAUCUGCUACGUCCACGGCGGCGGCAUGAUAAGCGCCAGCAUCCACCACUUCGACCAAAUCAUCAAAAACUACGUCACCCGCACCGGCGUCCCCUUCCUGGCAGUCGAAUACCGCCUCGCCCCCGAAGUCCGCGCCCCCGUCCCCGUUACAGACGUCUACGCGGGGCUCACGUACCUCCACUCCCACGCCGCGGAGUUGGGGGUCGAUGCGGCCCGGAUCGCGAUCAUGGGGGAUAGUGCCGGGGGCGGGAUCGCGGCGAGUCUGGCCCACUACGUCAAAUUGAAGGGCGGGCCGAGCGUGUGUAAGCAGAUACUGAUGUACCCCAUGCUUGACGACCGCACGACAAAGGAGGAUAACACGAAUGUCGCCUCCUUCGCCUCCUGGACCGCCGAGGACAACAUCACCGGCUGGACUGCGCUGCUCGGUCCCGAGAGAAUCGGCACGGAUGCGGUCACGCCCGUCGAAGCGGCGGGGCGGAUGAGUGUGGAGGAUGCGAAGGGUUUGCCGCCGACGUACAUGGAUAUCGGCGAGUUGGAUUUGUUUCGGGAUGAGUGUCUGGAGUAUGUGCGGAAGUUGGGCAAGGCGGGGACGAGUUGUGAGUUUCACUUGUUGCCCGGUCUGCCGCAUGGGGCGGAGGGGUUGGUGCCGGAUUCGGAGGUGGCGGGGGAGAUAAUGGGGUGGCGGAUGAGGGCUAUCAAGAGUGUUUAG